GAGUCACGUCGUCUAACCUGUUCCCGGCGACUGCCCCGCCCCGUCCUCCGCUCCCCGCCGCCGGAGCCGGAGCCGGAGCCGGAGGAGGACCCCCGGUGCCAAGAUCUGCCCCGGAUCCGCGCCCCGCUGCGGCCAGCCGGCACCAUGGACAGCGAGGCGUUGCCGAGCUCGCAGAACCUUCUGGACCUGAACUUCCAGUCUCUAGCCGCGAAGCACAUGGACCUGAAGAAUAUGGAGCUGGACACGGCGGCGGCCAAGGUGGACGAACUGACCAAGCAGUUGGAGUCGCUGUGGUCAGACUUGCCGGCGGCGUCUCUUGGCUCGCAGGCCAGAGCGCCGGCUAGGCUGUCCCGGUACAGCCUCAGCCCCGUCCCCGAGCCCUUGGGCAGCCGCGGGUCUCCCCGGAAGGCGACCACCGACGGCGCAGACAUCUCGUUCGGACGCUCCGAGAGCGCCCCGGCUCUGCUUCCCUACAGCUCGCUGUCCCCUAAGGGACGGCCGUCGUCACCGCGCACCCAGUUCUACCUGCAGCCGGAUGCCUACGGCAGCCUGGACCGCGCGGCCUCACCCCGGUCCCGCACCUUCGAUGGAGCAGGCAGCCCCCACGGCCGUGCGCCCUCCCCUCGCCCCGGCCCGCUCAGACAGCAGGGUCCCCCCACGCCCUUUGACUUCUUGGGCCGGGCCCGCUCCCCCCGUGUCAGCCCCCUGGCCGAAGGGCCCCAGGCCUUCUUUCCUGAGCGCGGGCCCCCGCCCCGCAUGCCGACCGCAGCCUACGAUGCGCCGACUGCCUUUGGGAGCCCCCUGCUGGGCCCUGGCGUCAGCGCCUUCGCCCCACCUCUACGCGCGCAAGACGACCUAACGCUUCGGCGGCGGCCCCCCAAAGCCUGGAACGAGUCUGACCUGGACGUGGCUUACGAGAAGAAGUCCUCGCAGACAGCGAGCUAUGAACGACUCGAUGUCUUCGCGCGGCCUGCUUCACCAGGCCUGCAGCUGUUACCCUGGAGAGAGAGCAGCCUGGAUGGGCUGGGGGCCACCAGGAAGGACGACUUCACCAGUGCCACUCUGCCCCGCAAUUACAAGGUCUGCCCUCUGGCCAACGACAGGCGUUCUGAUGUGGACAGCUACCGCCGAUCGCUGGGCUCCGCGGGGUCAUCAGGCACUUUGCCCCGAAGCUGGCAGCCUGUCAGCCGCAUCCCCAUGCCUCCUUCCAGCCCCCAGGCCCGAAGUGCCCCCCGCCACCGCCCCAUCCCCCUCAGCAUGAUAUUCAAGCUGCAGAAUGCCUUUUGGGAGCACGGAGCCAGCAGGGCCAUGCUCCCUGGCUCCCCCGUCUUCUCUCGAGCUCCCCCGCUUAAGCUGCUUCCCCAGCCCCAGCUGCCUCCGCAGUCCCAGCCACAACUACAGCCUCAGCCUCAGCUUCAAGCCCUUGCCCCAGUCCCCCAACCGCCCCAAGAGACUUGGUCCCCCGUGAGUGAAGGCCUCCCCAAACCUCCCACUGAGCUGGAGCCUGAGCCGGAGCUGGAGGGGCUGCUGACACCAGGGCUGGAGGCUGGGGACGCAGAUGAAGGCGCUGUAGCUCGGCCUCUUAGUCCCACACGGCUGCACCCAGCACUGCCACCCGAGGCACAGUCAGUGCCCGAGCUGGAGGAGGUGGCACGGGUGCUGGCAGAAAUUCCACGGCCCCUCAAACGUAGGGGCUCCAUGGAGCAGAACCCUGCUGUAGCCCUGCCCCCCAGCCACAAGAAGCAGUACCAGCAGAUCAUCAGCCGCCUCUUCCAUCGUCACAGUGGGCCUGGGGGGCCCGAGCCUGAGCUGUGUCCCAUCACUGAGGGGCCUGAGGCCAGGGCAGGGCCCCCUGCUCCAGCCCCACCAGCUCCCAUACCACCCCCAGCCCCUCUCCAGAGCAGCCCACCAGAGCAGCCACAGAGCAUGGAGAUGCGCUCCGUGCUGCGGAAGGCCGGCUCCCCGCGCAAGGUCCGUCGCGCGCGCCUCAGCCCGCUCGUGCUGCUGCUGGACGCCGCGCUGACCGGGGAGCUGGACGUGGUGCAGCAGGCGGUGAAGGAGAUGAACGACCCGAGCCAGCCCAACGAGGAGGGCAUCACCGCCCUGCAUAACGCCAUCUGCGGCGCCAACUACCCCAUCGUGGACUUCCUAAUCGCGGCGGGUGCCAACGUCAACUCCCCCGACAGCCACGGCUGGACACCGUUGCACUGCGCGGCGUCCUGCAACGACACGGCCAUCUGCAUGGCGCUGGUGCAGCACGGCGCGGCGAUCUUCGCCACCACGCUCAGUGACGGCGCCACCGCCAUCGAGAAGUGCGACCCCUACCGCGAGGGUUACGUCGACUGCGCCACUUACCUGGCAGACGUGGAGCAGAACAUGGGGCUGAUGUACAACGGGGUGGUGUACGCUCUCUGGGAUUACAGCGCUGAGUUUGGAGACGAGCUGUCCUUCCGCGAGGGCGAGUCGGUCACCGUGCUGCGGAGGGAUGGGCCAGAGGAGACGGACUGGUGGUGGGCCGCGCUGCACGGCCAGGAGGGCUACGUGCCCCGUAACUACUUCGGGCUCUACCCCAGGGUGAAGCCUCAGAGGAAUAAGGUCUAGCUGGAGAGAAGGACUUUUCGAAGGGAGACAGGAGAAAGCAGCAGCUGCCUUCAUUCCAGAACUCCUCCUCCCGUACUGCUGCAUCUCACUGCGCCCCAAAUCCUUGCAGGGACGAGGUCCUUGCCAACACCUCUCUGCUUCCCUGGAAGCCCUGGGGAGAAGGAGAAACCCAGCCUUAAAUUUAGAAAAACUGCCUUAGCUGUGGGAGGUCGUGGUGAGGCUGGGAAUCCUUGGGGGCAAGAGAGACCCCCCCAUUUGCCAAGUCACAUCCUGUCCAAAGUGCCUCCUGCUCCUACUGCCCCCCACCCGCCCCCCAAAAGCAAGGCAACCCACCAUCCCAGCGGAGCUUGGAGUGGGUCACCGCCACUGGAUUUUCCCAGGAGUCACCUCCGCCACUAUCUCUACCAACAGCCUUCAGCGGCCAGGUGAGGCAUAUCUCUAUCAGCAUCCCUGCCCCCUCUCUCCCCAGUCAAGUGCCUUUACACAGUGCCAGUUUUAUAACAAAAUGGGGACGUUUUUCUUUAUAAAUAAAGGUAGUUUGCACAGAAA